AUGCAUUCGGCCGUAACAACAGCACAUCCAUUGCGAUCAUCAUGGCGUUCAAUACGAAAUAAAAUCCGAAUAUGUCGACAAACACAAUAUGAUAUAAUUCAGACUUACUUUUCCGAAAAUAACAACCGUCAGCAACAAUUAGCAACGGCAAAAUUAGCCAUCCGACCACGUUUCGUAACUAAUGCAGUAGAACAACAAAUUUACUCUAUUUUAGUGACAUUUUUGGAUCAGGUUGUCGAGUGUUAUCAUACAAUGUACAAUAUUUGGGUAUGCAAAAAAUUUGGACGUCAGUUAGCACGUAUUUUGCGUGCAAUAAAUUUUGAUCAUGGGUACUGCUGGAGGCUACUGGAGAAUCGUAUCCUUUACUAUCUGAUGGUAAAACAUUACAGUAUACCUGUAUUACUUGCUUGGCAUAAAUUUAUGGAUACCUUAUCAGAUGCUGUUAUCGAAGGUUUCUGGCAAGCAACAACCACUGAUUUACCGAAGCAAUUACCAACAAUUUUUGAAGACACACCAGCUAAAUGUUUCUUAGACGAAAACCUAGCAGUAGCAGUAAAGACAAAUCAAGGAGACAAAAUAGAAAAACAGCAGAGAAGGCGCAGUCAAAGAGACUUUUCUGGAUCGGUGAACGUGAUUCCCAAAAAUGCGGAAACUUAUCGGGUCCUGUAUGCCUACAAACCAAGAAAUGCGGACGAGCUUGAACUCGAAGAAAACGAUAUCGUUUUUGUUAUUGAAAAAUGUGAUGAUGGUUGGUUCAUUGGUACAUUACCACGAACAGGUCAAUUCGGAACAUUUCCAGGCAAUUAUGUUGAAAGACAUUGA